CGCACUUCGCAGGAUUCUGUGAUGGCACUACCUCGCCUUUAUUUUCUGGGUCGCGUACCUUCUGUACGAUUCUUCUCGCAGUUGCCAGAUAAAGCUUUUGUGAAUGGCAAAUGGGUUCCUGCAGCAUCAGGGAAAACGUUCCCAGUUCAGAAUCCUGUUGAUGAAUCUCUUCUUGUGGAGAUCCCAGAUAUGGAUUCGGAGGAUACAAAAGCAGCAGUUGAUUCAUCACAUCGAGCAUUUCAGAAAUGGAAAAAUACAACCGCAAAGGAGCGUAGCGAUAUCUUACUUUCUUGGAACACUGCUAUUCUGAAGAAUAAGACCGAACUAGCAACUUUGCUGACCAAAGAAAAUGGAAAGCCACUUCAGGAAUCUGUAACCGAAAUCACGUAUGCUUCCUCUUUUCUGGACUGGUUCGCUGGUGAAGCACGUCGUUGCUACGGUGAUAUUAUACCAUCACCCAGAAAUGAUCGCCAGAUAUUCAUUUUUAAGCAGCCAGUUGGUGUUGCUGCUAUCAUCACUCCGUGGAAUUUUCCUGCUGCCAUGAUCACACGAAAAAUUGGUGCAGCGUUUGCUGCUGGUUGUACCUGUGUUGUUAAGCCAGCUGAAGAUACCCCGUUGACUGCGCUUGCUCUUGCUGAAUUGGCUGCGGAAGCUGGUGUUCCACCAGGAGCUUUGAAUGUUGUCACUGCAUCAAGAUCAAAUACUCCGGCAGUUGGGAAGGUACUUUGCGAAGAAGAUAAUGUGAGGAAACUUUCGUUUACUGGCUCAACAGAAGUUGGAAGGAUCCUCUACUCACAGUGUGCCAAAAACAUCAAGAAGAUUUCGUUGGAACUUGGUGGCAAUGCUCCAUUCAUUGUGUUUGAAUCAGCCGAUUUGGAUCUUGCAGUGAAAGGCCUGAUGGCAUCUAAGUUCAGGAAUACUGGACAGACUUGUGUUUGCUCCAACCGAAUAUUUGUGCAUUCCAGUGUACAUGAUGCUUUUGUUGCUAAGUUACAGCAAGCUAUGAAGCAAGAACUCCGUGUUGGGGAUGGUCUGCAGCAGGAAAAUAACCAAGGACCGCUUGUGAAUCGUAACCAAUUUGAUAGAUUUUUAAAGCUGGUUCAGUCUGCAAAAGGUGAAGGUGCAAAAGUGGUACAUGGUGGAACUCCUCUGCCUUCUGUAGGUCCACUCUUCUUUGCCCCCACAAUAAUCACUGAUGUGAAUCCUGGUAUGCGCUGCUUUGUUGAAGAACAGUUUGGCCCGCUUGUUGCCAUCUGCAAAUUUGGCACUGAAGAGGAAGUUUUACAAAAGGCUAAUGAUUGCGAACGUGGCCUGGCGGGUUACUUUUACUCCCGUGAUGUUUCACAGAUUUGGAGAGUUGCUCUCAACUUGGAAGUUGGGAUGGUGGGGGCCAACGAAGCUGUCCUAUCAGCAUGCGAAAAUGCGUUCGGUGGGAUUAAACAAUCUGGAAUUGGAAGCGAGGGUUCCAAGUAUGGCAUAGAUGAAUACAUACAACUGAAGUCAUUCACAUUUGGAGGGCUACAUCUUGUGUAAUUCUACAUAAUCUCUGAAUACUGUAUCCUCUACAUGUCAUGUCUUCCGAUAUAGUUUGUGAUUUUUGGUUGAUGUUUUAUUUUGAACUGUGAUGUAUCAUGCACUGAAAACAAUUGUGCAGUUCAGUUUAUUAGGUGAUUGAUUUUCUCAUCUGGAAAGAUGUUUAGCCCAUUUUACUUGUUGUGUAUAAGUUUUGGAUCUCUGGAAAAUUCCAGUUUUUUGUUGAACUCAAGGGCUUCCAAUCAAUGACCAUGUGCAAUAAAAUGCAAAAUUAUGGUAUUGUAGAACUGUGAUA